UGGAAAUCAUCCGCCCUUUGAGUUUGAAUAAGCUGCUCACGCGACCGUUUUGUUCCUCUCUCUCUCUCUAUUUUCUCUCGCUUUCUUGAGAUAAAUUCUCUUUUUCCAAACAGGCUCUGGAUUUUUCUCUGUGAUCAAGCUAUCUAGUUUUCGCUUUUGUUUCUUGGGACGGGCCGCCUUUGGUCUCUCCAGUUGCGCGAAGUCUCGAUCGAUUUGUGGUCAUGUUUAUGCUGCUCGUGGAAUGGUGCAAACGAAGGGCUGAAAUCGUUGUAGGCUAUUGACUAUAAUGUUUCGGAGUACAAAUUGCGAAGAAAAUAAACGUCGUGUUGGGAUUGGGGUAAACAUUGUUGCUUUUUUGUUGAGAAAGUAUGCAAGGUGAGUGUACACCAGUCUCAAACCUCAAUGAGGGGCUCAUUGAUGGAAACCAACGAACGCGUCACGGGAGGACUAGUGGCCCUGCAAGACGUUCCACCCGGGGUCAAUGGACAGCAGAGGAGGAUGAGAUCCUGAGAACGGCUGUAGAGCGUUUUAAAGGAAAGAACUGGAAAAAGAUAGCCGAAUGUUUCAAGGAUCGGACAGAUGUCCAGUGCCUGCACAGGUGGCAGAAGGUGUUAAACCCAGAACUUGUGAAAGGGCCGUGGACAAAAGAGGAGGAUGACAUGAUAAUUCAGUUAGUCCAUAAAUAUGGACCGAAGAAGUGGUCCACAAUUGCUCGGUAUUUACCUGGGCGUAUAGGGAAGCAAUGCAGAGAAAGGUGGCAUAAUCACCUCAAUCCUUCCAUAAACAAGGAGGCCUGGACUCAGGAAGAGGAGCUAAUUCUGAUUCGUGCCCAUCAGAUUUAUGGAAAUCGAUGGGCAGAGCUAACAAAGUUCUUGCCUGGGAGGACGGAUAAUGGGAUUAAAAAUCACUGGCACAGUUCGGUUAAGAAGAAGCUUGAUUCCUACCUGGCGUCUGGCCUUCUUGAUCAGUACCAGGCCUUGCCUGUAGUUCCUUUCCAGAAGAGUUCCAUGUUUUCAUCUUCUGGUCUUAUGCAGAGAACUACUGAUGAUAGUGGGUGCUCAGGUGGAUUGGAAGAGAAGGAACCUGAAAGUAGUAGUCAGAAUUCAAGUACGGCUGGCUACUCACUAUCUGCUACAGAUUUUCCUGGACUUUCAAGUACCGGGCAACACUUCCACACAAGUGAAAAUCCAUGCGAGAAUGAGCAUGCCACACUAGCAGCAUAUAAUCUAGAUCGGUUUUUCUACCCUGAAUUGGAAGAUAUAGCAGCCACUGUUUCAGAAGUAUCUUGUGAAAUGGAGGAUUCCUCAAAGUUUCCUGAUCACAGUGUAGUAACUUCUUCAAGCCAGGAUUGCCAAUUCAGUUUGCAAGAUCUACCUGAUAUUGCUUCACUUGAGCUGAGGCAGGAAAUAUCAGAGUUAUCUACCAUCUACAUGAAUGAGGGAAUCAAAUCUAAAACUCCACCAGUUCAGACAUCAUCUAGUUUGCAAGAUUCGAUUUCUAUGCCAAGUAUGGAUAUUGCUAGUUAUCAACACUUAACAAAUCUUUUGAUAUCUGAUGGUGAAUGUUCUGGGGUCCUUUUCACCAAUCAAGAAAAUAAGGAGCUGUAUGUCUCUGGAUCCUUGCUUCAAGAGCCAAAAGUGGCUGAUCCUGCAGAACAUCGAGAUUCUUCUCUCUGCUCAUCAUCUUCAGACAAUCAGAUAUCAGAAGCUACCAAAACUCUUGCUCUGCAAAGCUGUUCUUCAAGAUUCUCUGCACUGGCAGCACCAUGCAAGGAAACUCUCCGGCCCACUCCUUUGAUAAUAUCAUCUGAUAAGUGUACUAAGGAAUCAGCUAGGUUGAUCUGUCAUCCUUUUGAGGUAGAACCAAAAUGCGGCAUAAAUGCAAAGGAUAGUUUCAUAUACAUUGAUGUUCCAACCAAUUCUCCUUGUGCCAAUGAGGAAACUGAAACUUCUGGCCAAAAGGACCAAUCAUAUCAUGUGAAUGACUCCAAAAAGUUGGUUCCAGUAAAUGAUUUUGCUUCUCUGUCAGAUGUUAAGCGAGACUCCCCUCCUAUCAAAUGCGAGCCAGAUGUGAAUAAGGAGAUGCAGCAUGAAGACCUGGGAGCUUCUUGUCAUGAAUCUCUUUGUUUUCCCAGCCUAGAUCUCUCUUUUUUCAGCUGCGAUCUUACGCAAUCAAAGAAUGAUUUGCUGCAAGACUAUAGCCCUCUUGGUAUGCGCAAGCUACUGAUGUCCACUGUGACAUGCAUGAGUCCCCUUAGGCCAUGGGACUCUCCCACUCGAGAUCACAGUCCAGGUGCUGUUCUCAAAGCUGGAAAAAAGACAUUUGUUGGUGCACAAUCAAUCUUGAAGAAACGGAACCGCGAGCUUCUGACACCACUAUCAGAAAGAAGAAGUGAUAAAAAGCUUGGAACUGAUAUAACAAGCAGUUUGGCAAGAGAUUUUUCACGUCUAGAUGUCAUGUUUGGUGAGAGUGGGGAUCAAGAAUCAUCUCUAUCAUCUCCUACAUCUAUAUCCGUGAACUAUAUUGGUGCCUCCCAUGAAGACAAAGAAAACUGUUGUCGAGCUUUGAAUGUAGAGCACGAAGAAAAUGGGAAGGAUAAGUCUUCUUUGCUGUCAAGUCGUAAAAUGUCUGUGGAAAACAUCCAUUGCAGAAAUUCUCUUAAGAAUGGAGAACAAGCUUGCUCGGAAUCAAAUACUGAGGCAAAGGAUGUAUCUGAACCAGCUGCUCAAAAUGAUGAGAGCAUCUACUGUGUUCUUCCAGAACGCAAUACCAACAAACAAGUUCCGUUUUCACCUGAUCAAUCCAUUUCCAGGGCAGAAAAAUCACAAGUUUCCACCCCAGGAAGCCACUUGCACAGAACUCUUAUGGUCACUUCUAACAAAGAACAUUCUUCUGCAAGUCUCUGUUUGGUCAUUAAUUCGCCUUCUCGCAUAAGAAACAUGGAGGAUCAUCUUGUUGACAGCAGCACAAGCAAUAUUGCCAACGAUAAUCUUAGCAUAUUAUGCGGAACUCCAUUCAGGAGAAGUCUUGAAUCCCCAUCAGCCUGGAAAUCUCCCCUGUUCAUCAACUCUAUCUUUUGCAGUCCAAGGUUUGACACAGAAAUGACCCUUGAGGACAUUGGCUACAUUUUCAGCCCUGGGGACAGAAACUACAACGCUGUAGGACUCAUGAAACAUCCAAGUGAGCAUAAGGCCGAAGCAUCGACAGAUGUUAAGGAAGUUCCAUCAGGUGACGAAGCUCCAAAAAAAUCAUCGAGACAUACCCAGAUGAACAAAGAUAACGAAAAUGCUCGUGGUGUCCAGGAGGAGCGCCGUGUGCUGGACUUCACCGAUUGCGAGUCGCCGGUGAAAUCAAUCAACUUCAAACGUUAAACAUUCCACCUACUGCAGAGAGAAUCCAGCCUGUGGUUCGAUUUCGGAUUUGGAUUUUGGCCACCAACCACGGGUAACCUGAGCAAAGAGGGUGUGUGAGGGCGUGUAGGUGAGACUGGAAAUGGACGUGAGGACGUGAGGGCAAGGGAGGCAACAGUAUUGUCGUGACUGAGGUACGAAGAAUCGCUCGUUCGUCCUUACAUAGCCUUGCCUCUCGGGACCGAUACAUCUCUCUUUCCACGCGUUGAC